ACUUUAGUCCAGUCUGAAGUUGCUGUCACGUGGGGACGGAUGGAAUUGAUCUGUAGUGCAUCAUCGAAAAAAUAACCUCGUGGAACAUUAUGGCUGAUGAAACAAAGACAAAACUUGUUGAACAAAUAAAACAACAAGGAGAUCUUGUACGAAAAUUAAAAGCUGAGAAGACAAAUUCUGUUCAGGAUCAAAAAUCACCGACUGAUAUAAAAUUCGAAUUUGCAAUAAUAAAUAAAGAUUUGAUUGAUGUCAGUUAUGUUUGUGGUUGGACACCAACAAACAAGGAUGCUCAACUUUUUGAAUUAUGUAAUAAACAUAUAAACGGUGAAUUAACAAAUUGGCCUUAUUUGAAACGAUGGUUCGAUAAUAUGAAAAGUUAUACUCCAAUGGAACGUUUAGCGUUUGCUGCUCCAAAAGGAGAAAAUUCAUCUCUAUCAAUUAAAGUCGAUCGUUUAAUUAAUCCUGUCGCUUGUUUUGAUAAAAAUCACGAUAAAAAGAUAGCCGAUGAAGUUGCAAAAUUACUCGCUCUAAAAGCUCAAUUAGGCGACGAUAAUAAUGUUGGACAAAAACUUAUUCUUAAAACUCCCAAAGGGACGAGGGAUUAUAAUCCCGAACAAAUGGCUUUAAGACUUGGAGUUUUAGAAAAAAUUGUCGCUAUUUUCAAACGUCAUGGAGCAGAAACAAUCGACACACCUAUUUUUGAACUUAAGGAUGUCUUGACAGGAAAAUAUGGAGAGGAUUCGAAACUGAUUUACGAUUUAAAAGAUCAGGGGGGAGAAAUUCUUGCACUUAGAUAUGAUUUAACUGUGCCUUUCGCGAGAUACUUGGCCAUGAACAAGAUUAGUAAUAUAAAAAGGUACCACAUAGCAAAAGUAUACAGGAGAGAUAAUCCUGCAAUGACAAAGGGUCGUUAUCGUGAAUUUUAUCAAUGUGAUUUUGACAUAGCCGGUCAAUAUGAUCCAAUGUUACCAGACGUGGAGUGUCUACGCAUAAUUUACGAGGCUCUAACGUCAUUGGAUUUAGGACCAUUUUUAAUGAAAAUAAAUCAUCGAUGCAUUUUAGACGGUAUAUUUGAAACGUGUGGCGUUCCAAAAGCACAAUUUCGCAGUAUUUGCUCGGCCGUUGAUAAAUUGGACAAGAGUCCUUGGGAAGAGGUGCGCAAAGAAAUGGUGGAGGAAAAAAAUUUAGAUGGCGCAAUUGCUGAUAAAAUUGGAUCUUAUGUUUCUCUCUCGGGAAAAAUAGAACUUGUCCAUCAAUUGAGAAAGGAUUUAGAAUUAACAAAAUCGUCUAAUGCCGUGCAGGGUCUUGAUGCCAUUGAAACUUUACUCAAGUACUGCGAUAUUUACAAUAUCAGCGACUAUGUCAAAUUUGAUUUAAGUCUAGCGAGAGGACUCGAUUAUUACACUGGAGUUAUUUACGAAGCAGUAUUAACCGGAGAUGACGUUGGAGUUGGUAGCAUAGCUGGUGGAGGACGUUACGACAAUCUCGUGGGAAUGUUUGAUGCAAAAAAGAAAAAUGUACCCUGCGUGGGACUGUCAUUGGGUGUCGAGAGAAUUUUCAGUGUAAUGGAAUCGAAACUAGAGAAUAAAGGCCAACGAACGCGAACAACGGAAGUUGAAGUUUACGUUGCGGCUGCUCAGAAAAAUUUAUGUGACGAGAGAAUGAGAAUACUUAUUGAAUUAUGGGAGGCGGGAAUAAAAGCUGAACAUUCGUACAAGAAAAAUCCAAAAUUACUAGGACAAUUGCAGCAUUGCGAAGAAAAUGGCAUUCCAUUGGCACUUAUUAUUGGCGAAGGUGAAUUACAAAGGGGAGAAGUUACAUUUCGAGAAGUAACAACGAGAGUUGAAAAAUCUGUGCCCAGAAAUCAACUCGUCUCGGAAAUACGCAAAUGGCUAGAAAAUUCACGAACAAAUCCCUAGGCUUAAAAAAAUCUUGUUAUAAUUAUUAUUUCUUUUGUAACAAUUGAUAGAAAAAUAAUUUUGUUAAUUUGUGCUAUUUAAUUAAGUUGCAUUUUCUACUGUCUGGCUCGUUUGAUACGUGAAUGUUUUUUAAAAAAAAUUUUUGUACAAAAUAACUUGUAUCAUCUAGGGUCGGACUUAGACUGCCGGAAAUGAUUCUGAUUGCAAAUUACAUAGUCCCGUUUAUAUUCAUAUUCAACAAGAAACCAAACCUUAUUUAUUGUAUUUCUUAAAAUAAAAUAAACCAUCUGAUGGAAAAAUUA